AUGGGCUCGUUUGCGAUCGGGACGGCGGUAGCAGCCACGGCCGCGAGCCUGAUAUUCACGGCACUUUUGGCGAGCGGCGACGCCGCGUUGGCCAGGACGGCGUUCGAGAAGCUGACCGACUACGAUUACCGCGGCACUACCUAUUACAGCGUGAGGAAUCUGUCGUUGUACGAGUGCCAAGGAUGGUGCAGGGAGGAGGCGGAAUGUCAGGCCGCCGCGUUCUCGUUCGUCGUGAAUCCCUUGGCGCCGAUGCAGGACACUCUCUGCCAGCUGCAGAACGAAACGGCCGCCACGAAUCCGGCCGCGCAGCCCCAAAGGGCCGCCAAUAUGUACUACAUGACGAAACUGCAGAUAAGAUCCGAGAACGUUUGUCUGCGACCGUGGGCUUUCGAGCGCAUCCCGAACAAGAUGAUUCGCGGCUUGGACAACGCAUUAAUUUACACAUCCACGAAGGAGGCUUGUCUCGCGGCUUGCUUAAACGAGCAUCGCUUUACCUGCCGUUCCGUGGAGUACAAUUACGUGACGCUCCAGUGUCACCUGGGCGAUUCAGAUCGCCGAACGACAGGUCAAUACGUUCAAUUCGUGGACGCGCAAGGAGUAGAUUACUUCGAGAACUUAUGCCUGAAAGGAAAGGAGGCCUGUAAGGCUCAAAGGAUCUUCCAAAUGCCCAGAAUCGGCGUGGCGGACGACAAGGUUGCGCAAUACGCGGGCCUGCACUAUUACACCGAUAAGGAGCUGCAGGUUCAGAGCGAGUCCGCUUGCAGAUUAGCCUGCGAAAUUGAGAACGAGUUCCUUUGCAGAUCCUUCCUUUAUCGCGGCGCGCCGCAGGGGUCGGCUUAUAAUUGUCAGCUCUUCCAUUUGGACCACUGGACUCUCCCGGACGGACCGUCGACGUAUCUUAAUGCGGAGAGGCCCUUGAUCGAUAAUGGAGAACGAGUCGGCACCUAUUUCGAGAAUUUCUGCGAAAAGGGUACCGGGCCAAUAUCGGACCCAUUGCCGGUCGUUUUCGAGACCACGGAAGAUUCUACGAUAAACAAUCUCACCCGAAACGACAUUAAUUGCGACAAGACGGGAACUUGCUACGACGUAUCGGUUGACUGCAAGGACACUCGUAUUGCCGUUCAAGUUCGUACAAACAAGCCUUUCAACGGGCGUAUCUACGCUCUCGGACGAUCUGAGACUUGCAAUAUCGACGUUAUUAAUAGCGAUCUCUUCAGACUCGAUCUUACGAUGAGCGGACAGGAUUGUAACACUCAGAGCGUGCGUGACGGUUUUCAGACUGGAAUAUAUUCGAACACGGUCGUACUGCAACAUCAUUCUGUGGUAAUGACGAAGGCCGACAAAAUCUACAAAGUUAAAUGCACGUACGAUAUGUCCUCGAAGAAUAUCACGUUCGGCAUGAUGCCGAUCAGAGAUCCGGAAAUGAUCAGUAUCACCAGUGCGCCGGAAGCGCCUCCACCGAGGAUUCGUAUCCUCGACAGCCGAUCGCGAGAAGUCGAAACUGUACGCAUUGGUGACAAAUUGACGUUUAGAAUCGAAAUCCCGGAAGAUACUCCUUACGGCAUUUUCGCUCGCAGUUGCGUAGCUAUGGCAAAGGACUCGAAAAGCACGUUUCAAAUUAUCGACGACGAAGGAUGUCCCGUCGAUCCUUCCAUCUUCCCCAGCUUCACUCCCGAUGGUAACGCUCUGCAAUCUGUAUACGAGGCCUUUAGGUUCACCGAAUCUUACGGCGUGAUCUUCCAGUGUAACGUGAAAUACUGUCUGGGACCUUGCGAACCGGCCGUUUGCGAGUGGGGACGUGAAUCCGUAGAGUCGUGGGGCAAGAGACGUAGAAGAAGUAUCGCGAACUCGACGGAGGAAAAAACCGAAGAUAUGACUCUGUCUCAAGAGAUCUUGGUGCUCGACUUUGGCGACGAGAAGCAGUCCGACUUCCUGAAAAACGAUGCCAGCAUAGACUUUAACGAAGCAGACAAAACAAUAACCAUCGUGGAGCCGUGUCCAACGAAAACCUCGGUGCUGGCGCUCGGGGUGACGUGCGCUCUUCUGGUGCUCAUCUAUAUCUCCACGAUUUUCUGUUACUACAUGAAGAAAUGGCUGACACCUCGUAAAAUGAUGCCUUAAAAGGACAUGGAUUCGUUCGCAGAGCGCAUUCGCAAAAGUAAAUGGAAUAAACGCGAAAAGUGCGAUAGUUCACACACACUUUCACACGUACAUACACACACGCAUGCUCAUAUCGUAAGUUAUCAAAGGAUUCAUAUUUCGUCCUCUCAUUCCUAUUGUAUGUUCAUUUUCAUUAUAUUUACAACGGAUAAAGCGCAUAAGAAGAUAAAAGAUCACCGUUCAAUCGAGAGACGAUCAUGUUAUCAUAAUGCGCAUCUAGAAUGCAUUUAGUAUUCUGUGCGACAUAUCAUUGAUGACGAUCAUAGAAGUCGAUUAUGUAAUGUCCGAGUGAAUAGUGAUAUUAUCGGUAAUACUGAUGCUCAUUAAUAUAGACCAACAUUUUCGAAAGAAUUAUUUAAAUGAUAUCGAUCGAAUACGCGAGAAUAAAACACACACAUUAAAAAUUACUUUGACUGACGCGAUGAAGAUUAUACGGAUCUCUUGUACUAUAUACCGAAAUGCAAACGCCUACGCGAACUCGAGGUCUCGAACGAAGAGGAUGACUCGACUCCUCUCUCAGCUGAGGUAAUAUUUAGCAAGGAGCAGCUCAUGAAUAUCGUAACUUUUACGAAGGUGACGUAUUUUAAGACGGUGACAGAUUAUAUAACAAAAUGCGUAAAUUGUAACAGUGCAAUAUUUCAUUAUCGUUAAACGCUAAAUAUAUUAGAUGACUCUGCCAGGCUUUAAUAUACACAGCCACUUCGUGUGUGGACGCGUGUACUUGACAAGCUACUUUUAUUUCUGGCCACCGAAAUGUGCAUGUCAAAGCGCUGCUGAAAUAGCAAUGUCGCGGCUGAAUUUCGCUGACGCGAUUUAUCUUUACGUAUGAGGAAAGCACAAUGCUACAUCAGCGACUGUGAUGGAAAUUUGAAUGAUGGUUUUGCGCAUGUCGGACUUUUGAAGGUGUUUGUUGAAAAGUUGGCGACCGACUCUCCUCUGCACACAUACAUACAUACAGACACACGCAUACGUACACACACGACAUAUUUCGCGGAGCUAACUCGCGACUAAAGACCACCUUGAAAAUGCAAUGAGUAGAUUUUAUUUAAGAAUAUUCUUAGAAAACAGCUAACUGUGUCCUCUAGUGGCUACUUCUGAUCGGGUUGCAAGGAGAACAGGACGCGAGCGGCGAAUUUAUUUUUCGCGUUGCUCGAAAGCGAAAUUUUCGGCAUUGUUUGAAACGACUGAUGCGGCUUUGGUUUCUAGUUAACGGAGAUCGAUUUGUAACCCGCAUCAAGACUAGCGGUAUUUAAAGGUUCACGCUUCACUAACGUUUUUAAUGAUACAAAUAGCGUUAAGAUAGCGAUUAAGCAUGUAAGCAUAGACGAAGGAAGGAAAAAAAAGGAAUGACCGAGAAAAUAUUUUCUCGGAUUUAGCGGUUUUUCGAAGCGAUUCGUAUCUUUUACGGAAAAAAAAAGAACGAAAGAACUUUACGACUAACUUUAUUCUUGUGCACGAGAAUUCUAUUUCCAAUAAGAGUAUUGAUAUAGCGAUUAAUUAGUGUUGCAAUUAGCUAAAUAACGGUGAUAUUGAUAGCCGAGAAAAUGUCUUAAAGUACCAACCGCUUGCGAGAAGCCGCUAAAGCUCUUUUGAGACUUACAAGCGAGAGUACCUCUACUCGUUAAACUCGUACUGGUACUAGAACUAAUGAGAGAAGAGAAGCACUCGGGCAUUCGGUUACUGGAAGUGUAGAUAGUCUUCUGCGUGUUUCCGAAGCUCGAGGGCCCUCGAAAUAUUAGCCGUGUGCGUUCAGAGUGUUAAAGCAAGAAAUACUCGAGGUACAAUGUACUAUCGGUGAGAUAAGUUGCCGAAUAGUUCUAUAAGGACAAUGAUAUUUUCUCCCAGUUUAUCAACUCCACUCAAUUAGUAAACUCGCUUUAUAAAUAUCUUGCUGAACGCUCUUCUCAUUUCUUCAAAUCACUGCCAUAAUGAAUGAGUACGCAAGUAUCUAUUUUGAAAAUAAAAUCCUUAUUUCCGUUUUAAAAAUAAAUAUGUAAAUAUUUUGUUAAUAAUAUGGCGUAAAUAUUGAGACGAGAGAAACACAUUAACGUCCGUAAGACCAUUCGAUUCGAAAAUGUUCGCUCCGUAAAAGUAAAUUUUACAAUUCAUUUCUUUACAGUUAAUUGUUAAUUUAUAAAAUAAACGAUAAAUACGUAUCCAUUUGUUUAAAAUAUGGCGACAUAUCAAUUUGGUAUUACGGGUUUUUCCUAUUCUGGAAACGUUACGUAAUUCAUAAACAGCCCGAAUUGAGUGGAGUAAAUUAAGACUUCCGGUUAAGGUGCUUGCUUUAAAGGGGUCACAAUCAAAAUUGUGAACAUUUUUUUAAAUCAAAGGGACGACAGGAGAGGAUUAAGAAAGAUAGCUCCAUUAAUAAUUGAAUUUCAUGAAAAAUUCUUUAAAUUCACAGAAUACAUUUUAAUGAGAAAGAAUCGUAGUAAAUUACACAUUCUUAUUAGAAUUAUUGAAAUUUUUAUUAGAUUUAUAUUGCAUUAAAACGGUUAUUUAUUUAGAAAUGCUUACGAGUGUGACUCCUUAUGGUAUACAAAACAAUUUACAAAAUGUAUAUAUUUAUAUAUAUAUUAUUAAGUCGGACUGUGCAGUAGACAUUCAGAAAUGAACACACAUACCCAUCAAUACACAUCAAUCACAUAUAUUUGUACCCUAUUUAUAUACGCGAAUGUUUCAGUAAUUAAACUCAGAUCAGUUUUGACAGAAUCCUUCUUUCUUUUUUUGUGACCAUAUUUAUUUGCAGCUGUUUGCCGAGAGUGAUAGUGUGCCCGCAGGGUCAACUUCUGGCGAAUAAAAAAUAAAGACGCGUUUUCUUAUUUAAAAAAAAACACCGUAAGAGUAAAUUAAAUGUUAUUUACAAAAACUUCGAAACUACAGAAAAUAUAUCAAGGAUCACGCAUUCCAGACUUCAAUGCAUUGAAGAUAAAUCCGAUUGUCGAUCAACUGAUAUUUUACAACUUUUCCCAUGUAAAUAAAUCAUGGGGCUGGUCGAGCGCCAAGAAACCAUCACGCCAAACUAGUGACUAAUCGAUCCAAAUAUAGAAACCUUAUAUCGACGGUGCACGUGUGUGUACGUUUAUUAUUGCGAUGAGUAAUUAUAGAACGAUAUCGUUUGACAUACUUAAGUAGAGCAACUACGUUUGUUUAAAUAACGCAUCGAGAAACGCGAGCUCCUUAUAAAUCGUUUUUCCAAACUCGAUAAUGUUCGUCUUUCAUACAUGAUUACAGAUUUCAAUACGUAAACACAAAAAGAAUUACUUGUUCUUACACUCUACUUGUUCGUACACUCAAGAAUUACAGUUUCACGAGUUAACGUUUAUAUUUUGCCAAUACGUAUUUCACAAUUAUAAAGUUGUUACAUUCUUUCUGUUCACGUAUCUUGUCCAGACUCUUGUAACGUUAGACUAGAGGUUCUCAAUCUAUUUUGUCAAGAGGAUUAAAAUCUUUUGUAAUGACCAAAUAAGAAAGGCCAAAUAAGUUAUAUUUUUAAAAAUUUAUAUAUAAAAACAAGAUGUAUCUUCAUUUUUUUUAAAUUAAAAGUCCAACGCAGCGACGAUUAAACCGCAGAAUCAAAAAGCGCAUCAAUAUAUAUACUAUAAUGUAUACAUACAUGUAUAUAUAUACAAGGUGUCCGAAA